AGAGGGGGCGCUGUACUGUAGUUCAUACUGGAAAAACACCAUACUGUGCAGCCAGCCGUCAUAUCAACAAAGACUCUGCAGCCUGGGAGCUCACGUUUUUCGCCGUUAUAUUGAAAAAGUUUUUUAAAAAAACCCACCUAGUUAUGCAUUUCAGAUAGCACUGCAACGUUUAAGAGCUACCAGUGUCGUUUUAAAGACAAAAGUCUGCUCGGUCCAUCCAAAAGGCUAACGUCAAGCGUUUCAAGCUCGCCGUGACAAUGUCGACUGCCAUGGACUUCCAUUCUCAGAUCGCCUCCAUCAUGGAGGUGCUGGCUAACGCGGCCGUUGCAGAAAUUUGUAAAGUUGUGGACGACGGAUACGCGGUGGUUCAUCUGGAGAUGUCCCGGAGCCAGAAGGAGAACGAGGUUCUGCGCAGGAAAAUCAAACUGCUGGAGCUACACAUCGCCAGGUACCGAGCGGAGAGAGUGAAGGGAUCGGAGGGCUCUCUCUGCAGCCGCUUCGCCGGGGUCCGCCUCCUCAACCGGCAGAAUAGGGCCUCACUGGCAGGCCCCUCUCUGCAAGGCAGGACCAGGUUUUUGAACCGAGACCCGGGGACUCCGCAGUCUGUGCAGAAGAUCCAGCCUAUCAACCUGGACCGGGGUCCUGACCAGGAGGUCGUCACCACCACCAAAACUGAGUCAGCAGAACCUGAGGAGGAGGUGGGGGAGCUGCUGAUCGUCAAGGUGGAGGGAACGAUGGAGACCGGAGCCACCAACCACGAGGGGCCAGUAGACGCCUGCACCGCCACAGCACUCCCCGCUGCCUUGCCGGACGCCGGACGCCGCAGCGAAACGGAGGGCCAGAGAUGUCUGGAAAACACGAGCAGCGCUCAGCGCAAGGUGGAAAAGAUGCAUGAAGUGCAAGGUGUUACCCCAGAGAAACGCAGUCCCUCCCAAACGCUGCUGGGAUGGCAGGAGAGCAGCGAGACUGAAGAUAGGGCGCAGCCAUCUUGCUCCACACACACAGCAGAAACCGUAGCAGGAAACUCGCCAUUUAGCCAAGCGAGGACAACCCUUGCCUCCGUUUCUAAGACACGCCCUGCGACUAACUCCCUCCCUUAUGCAGCGGAGGACGGCUGCGGGGGGCCGUUGUUGUCCGGGCGAGGCGGAGAGGACAGAGCUGAGGAAGUAAGCCCUCUCAUAGGUCAGCCGCCGCGGCUGUGCAUUCAGAUCAAUGAGCCACGCAGCGAAGGGACGUUUGAAGGUAACACAGCCUACAGUCUUUCUACCUUUAACAAUGCCCCGGUUGCCAUGGGGACAGUGAACUCCCAGCAACAGCGAACCCAGCAUUCCUGGUCUGGAAUCCGGCCGUUGGACAGUGCCCUCUUCCCCAGUCAGAAGGCCCUUCACCAAGCAUCCAGCAGUCAGAACCAGGAGUGUGUGUCAGCCCAGUGCCAGCAGCCCUGCCUCCCCUACGCCUGCACCUUCUGUUCCCGCCGCUAUGCCCACCGGUGCCAGCUGCGCAUCCACGAGCGCGUCCACACAGGGGAGAAGCCGUACCAGUGCGUCCAGUGUGGGAAGAGCUUCGGCCAGGUCUGCAGCCUCAAGCGCCACCAGAUGGUCCACACGGGGGAGCGGCCGUUCCCCUGCCCCCACUGUGGGAAGCAGUUCUCCACUUCGACCAACCUGAAGGUCCACCAGAGCGUGCACACCGGGGAGAAGAGGUUCCACUGCUCCAAGUGUGGCAAGAACUUCUCCUUCCUCAGCAACCUCAUCAGGCACCAGGCUCUGCACACUGCCAAGUAGAGCAAGUCACGCAGGGACGAACCCCCUGACGGGACAAAUUAACAUGAACACUGGAGCUGCACAGAUUGAUCCAUCAGAUGUCAACUCUGAAAUGAAUCGCCAAUUAUUUUGAUAGUUGAUUAAUCAAUUUGAGUAUUUUUAUGUUUUUGAAGGUCCCAUGACAUGGUG